AUGCGUAUCCUGUGUGACGUGUGUGAGGCGGCACCCGCCAAGGUGUUCUGUGCUGCAGAUGAGGCUGCUUUGUGCCUGGCGUGCGAUAACAAGGUGCAUGGCUGCAACAAGCUCGCCAGCCGCCACGUGCGCUUAGAGCUCGCAGAGGCGCGCGCCAUUCCCCGCUGCGACAUCUGCGAGAAUGCUCCUGCAUUCUUCUACUGUGCAGUGGACGGCACGUCGCUCUGUCUGCAGUGCGACCUGGACGUGCACAUAGGCGGCAAGAAGGCACACGAGCGAUACCUGCUCAUGGGGCAACGCGUGGAGCUCCCCAAGACUCCCCCCACUCUGGCAGAGGACCUCACCCAGCCCGCCCUCCCCUCACCAGGGGGGGGCCCUCCGGACCACCUACUCCGCCCAGGCGCGCAGGGGGGAGGUGGGGGUGGUAACCCGACUGGUAACCCCACUGGUAACCACACGGGUAACAUGGGGAACGGGAAUGUGGGGAAUAAUAUGCAUGGUGGUGGGCGGGGACAUGCGGGGGCGGGUCAGGGGAACGUGCAAGGUGACAUGUGGCAUGGUGGGGGGAAUGUAGGGGGUGGUGUGGAGGGGCAGGGAGGGAGAGGUAUUGACAAUGGUGCCGGUUUUGGUGGUGGUGGUGCUGCUGCUGCUGGUAAGGAUGGUGAAAUGGGAGGAGAAGGGGGGGGAGGAGAGGGAGGGGUGGGCCGAGGAGGGAGAGGAGGGAGAGGGGGAGAAGAGGACGAGAUCAUGCACAUGCAGCAAGGAGGGGAGAACGGAGGGAAGGACAACGAACCAACCCCAAUGAGCGUGGUGCUUCCUACCCAUGGGGUUGAGGGAGGAUCGGGCGGAACAGCAGGAGGCGGAGGGGGAGGGGGAGGGGGGGGAGGAAGCGGGGGAGGAGGUGGUGGAGGAGGGGUGACAGGAGGCGGGGGAAGGGGAGGGACAGGGGGAGGGGGGGUGGCAGGGGGAGGGGGAGGGGGAGGGUCGGGGGGAUUGACAGGCACAGCAACGGGGACAAUGCAGGCUCUGACCUUGAACGUGGGCGGAGGGGGGAGUGGGGGGGAGGGGGGAAGUGGGGGGGGCGCUGUUCAGGAUAGGGCAGGGGCAGGGGCGGGGGUAGGGAUAGGGGUAGGGGUAGGGGGUGGGGCCGGGAUUGGGGCAGGGGCAGUGGCAGGGAACGGUUUGUAUGGAUUACGGUCCGGUGCUGCUGGGUUGGGGAUCGGGAUGGGGAUGGGGACUGGGAUGGGGGUUCGGAAAGCGGGGACAGCAGGAGGAGGAAGAGGAGGAGAGGAGGGGGGGGUUAGGAGUAUGGUUAUGGGGAAUGUGAGUGAUGCCCCUGCUGUGGCUAUAGCGGUGGGGGAUGAUGAGAUCCCUGCGUUGUUGUCACCUGCCGUAGAAGCACAGGAGUAUCAGCAACAGCACUUGCAACAACAGCAGCAACAGCAGGCGCAAACGCAUCCACAGAAGCAGCAGCAGCAACAGCAGCAGCAGCAGCAACAGCAGCAGCAGCAUCAGCAACAGCAGCAGAAGCGAGAGGAAGGGAAUCAAGGGAGGGGUGGUAUGAUUGAUCUCAACUCCUGGCCCCAACGCUCCACCGAACCCUCCCAAAAAAAGGGAGGGAGCAAUGGAGGAGAGCUGAGCAGCGAAGCAGGAGUAGUGCCGGAAAUGCCGCUCGAUGAGAUUGCCGUCCAGGCGUUGUAA